UUUAACAUUUUGAUAUUUUAUUUGUGAAUCAUUUUUCUUCUUAAUAUAAGUGUCACAUUUUUGUAUACUUAUGUCAAUGUAACGCAAAAUCACAAUUAUUUGAAUUGAAUACGUGCUAUAAUAAAAAUUAAUAUUUUUAUUUUGUAUGUACCUCAUUGUUGUUACAUCACAAUAUUGUGAGAAUAUUGACAAUCAUCUACUAUGACGACAAAAAAAUCUCAAUCCUUAAUGAAGGAAAACAGAAUUCCAAUAGGAAAGAAAAAAGAGAAUAUAGAAAAAACUAAAAUACUAAAAAAAAAUGAGGAAUUAGAGUUGGUUGAAGAUCAUGCAAUUUCAAAAAUGAAGACACUUAAGACAUCAAAAGUAUCUAAGAAAACAAACAAAUCGAAUGAAUGUAAACCACUUAAGUUGAUUAACAUUAAUGUUGAAUCUACUGAUACAUCAUUAAUGAAACCAAUGAAAAAACCAAGAGUCAUUUUAAGUGCAAUUAAAGAAUUGAAAGAAUUUGAAGAAAAGUCUAAUACUAAAACCACAUUGAAUAAAAUAAAAAUUGUUAAAGAUAAUGCUCCAACAUUGAAUGAAAAUGAAAAUAAUUUGCAAGAGGAAAUUGACAUGGACAAUCUUAAUAACACAAUUGACAAAAUGAAACCAGUAGUCCCUGAAAUUGUAUUGAGUCCUUUUGUUUGUACAACACGUGGCCAUAAGUGGAAACCAAGUCCUCGCAAACCUCCAAAAUUAUCUGAGUUGUAUGAUAAAUAUGAAGAUAACAAUGUUGCUGAUAAUUAUAGGAAAAAGUUGGACAGUAAAACUAUUGAACUACAAAAUAAAGUUAAAUAUUGGGCAGAAUUAUCUUCUGAAAAUAGCAGCAAUAUUCCACAAUCUGUCAAAGAUGAAAUAGAUGUUGUAUGUGGACAAACAAAACUUUUGACAACUGACAAAUUUAUGCAAAUGCGUUCUUUGAUAAAUGAAUUUGAUAAUAAAUCUGGAGCAAUGCUUAUAACCACAGACGAUUUAGAUGGAUUUUGGGAUAUGUUAUUGUUACAAGUUGAAAAAUUAGAAGGCCAAUUUAGCCAACUUGCCAUAUUGAAAACAAAUAAUUGGGCUCCAUUAAAACCGAUUGCUAAACAAGUAAUUAACAAACUACCUACUUUAAAUAAACGACCAGUGGUAAAAUCAAAAUUUGCAGAUUUUAUUAAGACUCAAAAAUUAAAAGAAGAGAAAAGUACACUUAAUAAUGAAAAUUCUAAUGACAAAAAUAAUUCAAAGUUCAAUGAAAUGAAAUUGUCUAAUAACACUUAUCUUACUUCUAGUACUCCAACUUCUUCAAAUCAGAAAAAUUUAAGUUUUACCCCCGUGCUAUUGAAGACUAUGGAGUUAUCAUAUGUGGCUCGUAGGUCAGGUAUGACACCAAUAGUUCUAGGUACGCCACAUGUAUCUCCAUUAAAACCGGCAUUAAAAAAGGUAGAAAAUGAGAAAGGCACAAAGCGUAAGAACAUUCACUUUGAAUCUCCUAAAAAAAUUGUUAAUGGAUUCGUAACACCUGAAAAUUCGUGUGAUGAAAAUAUCAAACUUAAAACCAUUCAAAACAGAGUUGUGACUCCACAUACUAUAAAAAAAACUAAAGUAAACCAGAACAACGAAGUAAAAUCUCGGAAUAAACCUAUUGGAACAUCAAUUUCUAACCAAACUGGAAAUAUAACUAACUUAAAAAAUACUCUUAAAGCUCAGUCAAAAAUGAAGAAGACAGUAACUAAAACCUUGCUUGAUAUGGAAGAUGAUAAAUCAUCAAUAAGGCGUUCUUCAAGACUGGCCAAUAAACCUUCAAAAAAUUACAAAUGUUAGUAAAUAAGUGAUAUGGUUUUUGUAUAAAUCCUUUUUUUUUAUUUGAUAAGUUAACAAAAUGUUGAAAUUUAAAACAUAUUAUCAACAAGUAAAACACCUAGUAAUCAAGAUUCUUGACUAAAAUGAAAAAGAUUAACUUGUAUUGUAUUUUAUUCUGGUGUUUUUCUGAUUUU